UUUAAAAGAAGGCCCACGUCUGUCCAGCAAGCUGCUUUUGCACACUGUCAUACAAAUAUACUGUCUCCCAGCUAGAGAAAACACGCGACAUUCCGCCAGUCACCUCUGACCUGCAGCAGUCUGUGGAGGCAUUGAGAGAGAGGGAGAGAGAGAGAGAGAGAGAGAGAGAGAGAGAGAGAGAGAGAGAGAGAGAAGUUAGUAGUGGACUGGGGUUCCCUCAGGUGUUUGGCUCCAGUCAUGGCCGGGAACUCAGAGAAAGUACCGAUCGCCUCGGCGGGACCAGAGGACCUGCAUAACUUCAUGCCCCCGGCCUACUCCGCGGUGGCCGUGAAGCCCGCCGCCACCGGCCGCCUCCUGAAGGCCGGGAUCGCGGUGCUCAUCGCCGGGGCCCUCCUACUGCUCCUGGGGGCAGUCGGAGCGUUCUACUUCUGGAACAACAAUGAAAAACACGUCUACAAUGUCCAUUACAGCAUGAGCAUCAAUGGCAAAGUGGAGGAGGGUACAAUGGAGAUUGACACGGCGAAUAACAUGGAGAGAUUCAGCACCGGCAGCGGGGCGGAUGAGGCCGUGGAGGUCCACGACUUUGAGAUUGGGAUCACAGGGAUCCGGUUUUCAGGAGGAGAGAAGUGCUACAUCAAGACCCAAGCGAAGGCUCGUCUGCCUGAUGUGGAGGCUCUCAACAAGGACUCGAUGACAUUCGACCUGGAGGAUGAGGUGAUGCCGGCCAAAUUUGAGGAUGAUCUGAUCUGGGUGGCGGCUGACGCUCCCCUCUCGGACUCCGCCUUCCUCAGCAACAAGAUAAAGGACUUGUGUGGAGACCUGCCAAUCUUCUGGCUCCGUCCCACCUACUCAACCAGCGGACAGAGGAAGAGGAGGGCUGCCCCCCGCCAGCGCCGCCAGGCAGCCGGGGAGGAGGAGGAAGAGGACGUGGAGGCAGAGUUCAACCCGGAGAACCCCUAUCAGGUGAGUCACACAGACCAACUCACACACUUUUCUUCUUCUGUUAAGUUUACAUCCCGCUGCAGCGUUCACGACUGUCCGUUCAGAUCGGAGGACUACCUGAGAAGGCUCUCGCUGAGGAGCGUUUCUCACAGCUGUGCGGGCAGCAGCAGAUGCCGGGGUCACAGCGGAGGGACCCGGAUUGUCACUGCAAAUCUGAGUGUAUGCGUGGCUGUGUUUUCUGUGUGAGCCUGUCCAAAGCUU